CAUGCGGUCGGGUUGGUCACAUGACUCGAGUCUUGUGACUGGCCUCAUACAGCAGGGAGCUGAGCGCAGGAUAGUUUGGGAGCUGCUUGUGGCGGGGGGUGGGGGGCUUUACAGACCCGGCGGACACUGAGCGCUGAGAAGAAAGCUUUGUACUGGUGGACACGGGCAGUGUGGUCUUCAAUAUCUCCCCCAGGCUGUGUCAAACUUGGGUCCGGCGGCAGCCUUGACAGGCAGCAGCUUUCACUUUCACCGGCAGUCUCAUUCCUGGUGUAGGGGGGGUCAGCCCUCAUUGGGAGACACGAUGGACAGCAAGCCCCUGCUUCAGGACCGACCACCAGCCUACAGCCCGCCCGUGCAGGGGGUCUACGACCACGGGCAGCAGAAUUAUGGGACGAUUCCCGGGGCACCCAUGGCAGGAGCCCCAACAGUGUACCCACCUGUAUACCCUCAGAGCUCUGGAACAGGUAGGAGUCUGCCCCCCUGCUCUCAUCAUCUCCUCUGUGUGCAUUAUUUGGUUACAUGGAGAAUGGGUAUUACAAUAAUACAUUUUUAUUUCUCAAUUUCCUAAUUCACCUAAUGUAUGUGCAGUUUAUGAGUACUUGGUUGCUAUCUAUACCUGAUCUGUGUGUAAGGAAAUGUAUCAAUAGCUAAUAAGUAAAUAUCUUAUUUUAAUAUUUUAAAUUGGUUUUAUGCUGUUGAGCAUUGGAUUGUGGUUUUUAAACUGGGGUUAGACUAGGAAAUUGAUUUGAACGGGGAGGAGGAGGGAUAUUUGUCAAGGCAAAACAGUUACUAUUCUUCUGGUCCAAAAUUCUAAAUGUGUUCUAUUGGUUGCCAUGGUGCUAACUCCUUGUUUAACCCCUUAAGGACACAUGCCAUGUGUAACAUGUCAUGAUUCCCUUUUAUUCCAGAAGUUUGGUUCUUAGGGGGUUAACAUUUAACCCCUGAAUAGAAUAUUUUUGGGGGUUUGAUAACUCUCCCACAGACAUUAAAUCGCGUAUCUGCAUUAGAACUGUAUACAUACCUUUUACUUUUCAUUAAAGGACCACUCUAGGCACCUAGAUCACUUCAGCUUAAUGAAGUGGUCUGGGUGCCAGGUCCCUCUAGGAUUAACCCUUUUGACAACACAUAGCAGUUUCAGAGAAACUGCUAUGUUUAUAAUAGGGUUAAUCCAGCCUCCAAAUCCUCUAGUGGCUGUCUCAUUGACAGCCGCUAGAGGCGCUUGCAUGAUUCUCACUGUGAAAAUCAGUGAGAACACGCAAGCGUCCAUAGGAAAGCAUUGUAAGACCGGCUGAAUGCGCACGCAGCUCUUGCCGUGCGUGCGCAUUCAGCCGAAAGGGAGGAUCGGAGGAGGAGAGCUCCUCACCCGGCGUUGGAAAAAAAGGUACGUUUUAACCCUUUCCUCUCCCCAGAGCCAGGAGGGAGGGGGUCCCUAAGGGUGGGGGCACCCUCAGGGCACUAUAGUGCCAGGAAAACAAGCAUGUUUUCCUGGCACUAUAGUGGUCCUUUAAUUGACUACAGACAUGGGAUCAAUAAUGUACAUGCAGAUUUGGACAAGCCAUCUGUAUAAUUUAUAUAACAUACUUUUUGUAUUUUUUUUUUUUUUAAAUCAUUAAGAUUUUUUUACUUUUAUUUUUUAAAUUAUACUGGUUACUUUUAAAAUGUGGGUUUAAAGCUUCAGAUUUCAGAAUUCGCACUGAUCAAAGAUACGCCUUUUGUGUGUCACAUGAGAAAUCUAAAAAAAAUAGUCAUGUGCUUGUAAUCAAUUUUUUUUUUUUUUUUUUUAAACAGGUAUUAUGAAAUCUUUUGGCACUUACUAAACAAUACACAGAAAUGGAUUAUGUAAUAGUUAUUUUUUUUUUAUUCUAUCAUGAAUGUGUAAAUUAUUUAUUUUUUCACUGCCCAAUUAAUAUAAUCUUAUUUUUACUGUACCUUCAUUACAAUAGGAGUUUAUCCACUGAAAACAUAUACAACCUUUAUGGAAAUGUGAGGAAAAAUAGGAAGUUGUACAUUUUUAUUUGUAGUUUCUAGUGUCCUAUAUUUGGCACGGCGCCAUUUUCUUCCAUUCCGUGGAACUGACAUCCACAAUUUUAAUUUAUCCCCUAUUUGAACUAACAGUUUCAAUUAUCAUGUGUGUUCCAAGUUGAGCCACUAAACCCUCAUGAGUAGUAGUUAUUAUAAAAGUAUUAAAAAGCAUGACAAAUGUAUAAAAAGAUGCAUAUUUGAAGAGUUAAGAACUUGCUCUUCUUCCACCACCUAUCCACUUGAUCUGUUUCCUCUCACCUUAUUUAAUCUCUCCCUUCCUUGUCUUGCAAUGCAUAUCAGUAAUUUUAUUUUGACUGUUUUUCAUUCCUAAAAAAGUACUUUUCUUGUCCCAGAUUCUCUUCCAAACGAUUGUUCCAUAUUUCUGCUCUACUACACUUCUUAGCUUCUAGAGCAGGGCUCAGCAUGUCCACUAGCCGUUGGCGAGUGAAAUAUCAGCACUGGUGGGUCUGCCAUGGAGUCUCUAUGCUUGCAGUGAUGUGAGACCUAGCUAGUAUCAUAAAGUGAACGUUUAAGCCCAGUUUUUGGCUUCACCGAUGUUUCUCAUUUUCUCUGUACUAAUGUUCUCCUUGACUCUACUAUUUCUAGUGAUGCAGAUGUUUUUUUGUGAUGCUGCCCUCCUGGCCAUUCGCUACCUGGGAGUUAGUCUUGAUUCAAGGUCUGAUCUUUUUCCUACAAAUCCAAUCUGUCUCCAAAUUAUCUAACUUCUAUCUUUAAAAAUAUUGCUUCUAUUUUCCUCUAUCAAAUUCAUGAUGCAGCUAAGGCACUUGAUCAAGCCUUUGUCAUUUCACGUCCUAAUUUUUGCAGUUCACUAUUUUAUUCACAAAUACACCCCUUCUUCCAUUUGCUCUACUAGUGAUCCUUUUUAGUAUUGUUUGUUCUCUCGAAUUCUCAUCUACAUGACUUUUCAAUAGUUGCACCAUUUCCAUGUGCACCCGGGCAAACAAGAGUAAUCUCCAAGCACUCAGGGUGUUCAAACCAAAGGCAGGUUUAUUGGGUCAAAAAAAUGUGACCGAGCAGCAACGUAUCGACCUGCUAUGAGGUCUUUGUCAAUCUAGUUGCACCCACAUUGAUUCAGUCUUACUGAUUUCAGCCUAAAGGCCACAAGACCAGCACGACGAGGGCAGAAAUGUGAUGUAAUACUACUUUCAAAGCGUCAUGGGGGACGCCGAUGCCUGAAUAGGUAGUACACUAUAGCAUUUGGAAUAAAUGUUGGCAUUCCUAAAGCUAUAGUGUUCUUUUAAGCAGCAAGUGCUGUCCCACUAACAUUCUGGCCAAACUCAAUUUAUGAACUUGAGUGAGCUUGUUCUACUACUUUUGGAGAGACACUCAUAGUACCUUUAACACAGUAACUGAUUGUAGUGGUUAUGGUGCUGUUAAAGGGACCUUCUAUAUUCUAAGCACCAUAAAACAUUUUUUAUCAUUGAAGUGGUUAUAGUGCUGCAAUAGUGUUCCUUCACCUUUUAACUCUAGUUUGUGAAACUGGUAAAGUAGCACUUCACCUAGCUCUGCUGUAAAUAAAAAAUAAAAUUAAAAAAAAGCAAGGAAUUACACCUCUUGGGUCUCCCGGGAUGUUAGACUGUGUUCCACUUAAAUUUAAGUUAUAGUCCCAUUCCACAGCACAGGGUAUGGGAUAAGAGGCAGCAGGCUACUCUGCUCCCACCACUUUCAUUUAAAAAAAACAAAAAAAAAAACAACCUAUUAUCCCCUGGUAUUUGUUUUAUCCAGUUUUGCUUUUUUAAUUAACAAAAAAUAUUAAGCAAAAUUUGCACAAUAUAAGUAGAUAUUAUGGAGUUUGGUUCUUCUGAAUCAGUUUUUUUUUUUUUUUUCCCUUUUCCCCUACCUAUCAGUGCAUAAGUAUAAUAACUUCUGCUGCACUGGCAUGCAGGGUUUGACCCCUAUUUUAAGUGUAUACGUCAUAGAAGAAAUGGGUGGGUGGGGGGGAGAAAUGAUCACCAGCACACAAUGAUUAAUACUUUAAUCUCAGUAAGUGUAACACCUCUUGAUCGUUCUAUAAUAAGAUAAAAAAAGCAAACAUCACAUAAUAGAUAAUAGAGCCUAUAGACCCAGGACAUACUUGAAAACGAGAGAAAUCUUUAAUGUAUCUUUCCUGGUAAAAUAUUUUAUAAAUAAAUAUAGCCUGAGGCUGCUUGGAAAGGCUCUGGAAAGUGUGAGUGAAGUGUUGCACUUCCUGAGAUUAAAGGACCACUAUAGGCACCCAGACCACUUCAGCUCAAUGAAGCUUAGUGGAGAAAAGGCAAGUGUUUAACCCCUUCGUCUCCCCAGAUCCCGGCGGGAGGGUGGCACUGAGGGGUGGGGGGGGGAGGGGGAACCCUCAGGGCAUUAGAGUGCCAUGGAAAAUGAGUGUUUUUUCCUGGCACUAUAGUGGUCCUUUAAGUAUUAAUCACUGUGUGCUGGUGAUACUUUAGGCCGCCCCAUUUCUUCUUUGACGUAUAUGUGUUUAGUGUCCUGUGAGUGAUUUUCAGACACUGGGCGUAGCUGCAUUAAAGUUUUAUCUAGUGCCAAUCUACCCAUAUUCUAUCUUAUUUUGGGAUUGAUUAUUUUUGUAUUUUUUUUUCCUGUUUUAAAUGUGUUUAAUAGAUAAUGCAAGAUAAAAUUUUUGCCAAAAAGCAAAGUUUACAAAAAGUUACUAUUAAAGACCCUAAAUAUUGCUGCAUUUCUACAAGUGUCAGCAGCUGGAAGAAUCCUCAUGACCAAGAAGAGGUUUCCUCUCAUUCUGCUCUACGUAGUCUGAUCUUAUAAACCUCUGUUGAUACUUCGUAUGGUUUACCUUACUUAAAACUAAACUAAACUGGUUAUUUGUGUGUGUGUGUGUGUGUGUGUGUGUGUGUGUGUGUUUUAUGGAUGAGUACACAGGUGUUUGAAGCAAUGAUACAAUUAUAUAUAGGCACUUUUUUCUUCUUCACACCUUGUGUUUUGUUAUCAGAUAAGCUGUUCCCCUCUUGCUAAAGGAACUGCACACUUCAAACACAUGCUAUUGUAUCCUUAACAUUGGUGCAGUCACAAAUAAGUUUAGUGAUGAAUUUGUUCUGCUUUUAAUAUUUAAAUGAAACAUUAUUAUUAUUAUUAUUAUUAUUAUUAUUAUUACCGCCACCAUUUAUAUAGCGCCAACGGAUUCCGUAGCGCUUGAUGAUCAGGUACAAUAUUAAAACCACCUGCCUAAUAUGGUGUAGGGUCCCCCUCUUGCUGCCAAAACAGCUCUGUGUCGUCGAGACAUGGACUUAACAAAAUUUCUGAACUUGUCCUGUGGUAUCUGGCACCAAGACAUUAGCAGCAGAUCCUUUAAUCCCUGCAAGUUGCGAGGUGGGGCCUCCAUGGGUCAAUUUCUUGUUAAAUCACAUCCCACAGAUGCAGAUUGAGAUCUUGGGAAUUUGGAGGCCAAAGCAAAACCUUAAAUUCAUUGUCAUGUUCCUCAAACCAUUGCUGAACAAUUUUCGCAGUGUGGCAGAGUGCAUUCUCUUGCUGAAAGAGGCUGCUACCAUCAGGGAACACCAUUGUCAUGGAGUGUACAUGGUCUGUAACAAUCUCUAUGUAGGUGGCACAUGGCAAAGUAGCAUCCACAUGAAUGUCAGGGCCUAAUGUUUCAUAGCAGAAUAUUGCCCAGAGCAUAACACUGCCUCCGCCGACCUGCCUUCCUUCCGAUGGUGCAUCCUUCUUUCAUCACUUCUCCAGGUAAACAGCACACACACCUGGCCACCCACCUGAUCUGAAAGAAAAGGUGAUUCAUCAGACCAGGUAACCUUCCAUUGCUCCUUGGUCCAGUUCUGAUGCUCACAUCCCCAUUGAAGGCGCUUUCACUAGUGUACAGGGGUCAUUGUGGCACUCUGACUGAUCUGCGGCUACACAGCCCCAUACGUAGCAAACUCUGAUGCACUCUGUGUUCUGACACCUUUCUAUUAUGGACAUCGUUAAGUUUUCCAGCAGUUUGAACGACAGCAGCUCUUCUAUGUGAAUAACCCAGACAGAGCAGCCUUUGCUCCCACAUGCACCAAUGAGGCUUGGGCGCCCAUGACCCUGAUGUCGGGGCACCAGUUUUGGUACGUACUAACCACUGCAUACUAGGAACACCCUACAAGACUUGCCAUUUUGGAGAUGCCUGACCAAUUCAUCUAGCCAUCACGAUAUGACCCUGGUCAGUAUGUAAUAUUCAAUUUCUUUCCUGUGUUAGAUACAUCAAAGUCCAAGAGGAAGAAAAAUCCCACAUUUUAUCUUUGGCAGCUCUUAUCUGCAAUGUGUGUGUCACCAGCAGAAAAUGGUACUUUGAGCUCUGCUUGGGUUAUAUAAUCCCAAGUGCAGUAUGAGUUUUGUUUAACACUUUUUUUGAUUCUGUUAAUAAAGGAAAGCAAGGUACAGAAAUGCCACCAAAGCAAUUAUUUUUAGGUUUCACAGACCCUAUAGUAGUCAUAAUCUUGAUUUUUCUAAGAGGAGCAAUGUUCUCAACGAAUGGUGCAUUCAAUAAUUUUUUUUGUUUGUUUGUUUGUUUGGUUUGUUUCAAACUCUGUUUCCAGCUAUUCGAUCAAUCUUUUUAGGACGUGUUGUUCACUUGAUAAGUGUUGUAGUUUGUAAGCAGAUGGCAGUCUGGUUUUGUGAAUCGAUGUGAUGCAAUUGCCUUGUUUGGGGCCAUUUUUUUUUUAAUACUAGGAUCCAGAGUCACAAACACCACUUCACACAUUACAGUAUAAAUCUAUUGCAGUUCUAGUUGCUGUCUUUUUGCCUCCCUGCAAGUUCCCAUCUAAGCCCCAGAUUUUCAUGGAUUGAAGAAAAAAUGUUGGCAUGUAAUUGUUUACUGAAAUGGGCAUCUUCUUGUAUAUACCACGAAGGGGGUUUGUAAUCCAACAGUGAAAAUGUUGCCUACGGCAGAUGAACUGGGAAUAUAACGAAGUUGAAUGUUGUGCAGGCUUCCAUUUAGAACAUGUAGUUGCUUAAGUAGAGUUGUCUAGUUCCUUGUGUUCAGCUGUGCAGAGAGGAAAAGUAGUCUUUGAACCACUUGUUGAUGCGACAUGCUCUGUGCAAGUUCCUUUUGGUUAGGAAUCUAUAAAAAAAAAAUAAAAAAAAAAUUCCUGUGUGUCAUAUGUCAUACAUAGCGUAAGUGCUGAUGGUGAACAUUUAUGUCAUUACGCAAUGAAGAAAUGCAUUAUUUUUAUUUCCUUUUUAAUGGUAUUUGUGAAUUUCUUUCUGACUUCUUUUUGGGGAGGAUUUCCUUCCACCACAAUGCAUGAAUUUAAGUUUAAAAAUUAAAUGCUGCAAUGAAUUGAAGAACUUGUUCCUUUUUUCACUCUUUAUGUAACAUAAUAUUUGUUUUCUCUUUUAGGAUAUAUUUCUCCGCCGCAACAAACUUACCCCACCAGUUAUACCAUAAUUCAGCAACCCGCAACAACUACGACAUCUGUUGUUGUAGUCGGAGGGUGCCCUGCCUGCAGGUAAAUGGUGACAUGAUUCUAUAAACGUGCCAUCACCAAAAACUAACUGAAAAUCCGUUUUGAUGCUUAUAGUAGAGUCCAUGGGGAUGGGAGGACGGGAGGGAAGGUAUAUUCAAUGUCCUGUCCGUGUCCAUGUUACUAAAAGCUAGUAACAUCUGGUGAAACACCGCUUACUAUUAUAGACUAAACAUUUUCAUUAGCAGCCCAUGUUGCUGUGAAUACUAGGGCAUAUGUAGAGAAAAACCAUACAGCACUGAACACAUUAAAUAAAUCUGCCAAAACAGCCAGACAUGCAAUAAUAAUCUUAAAAAGGAAAUAAAAAAUGACAACAGUUCACAAUUAAAAACAGACGUUAAAGCAUAACUAACUUUUUUGUUGUGACAGUAAAUAUAAUCUAUGAACCUUGUCUGAUGAUGUGAGCCAACCAAAUAAGGAAUUAGUGAAGUAGAUUAGGAACCUUAUGGCUAGCCUACAUUUAUAAAUUUUAUUCACAUAAUUCUCAGGCAACCUUAAAGGAACACUUUGGUGUUAGGACUUUAAAGAUGUAUUCCUAACACUAAAGUGUCCCUCUGCACCCCCUUUCCCUUAUCCAGUAAAGGGUUAACACCCACCCCCUCCCCAGAAAAAGUUGAACGCUUGCUUGAACCCAGUGCUGAUGUCCCAUGGUCCCACUCCACCUCAGCUGCCAGCCGAUGGGAUGGGCUAACGCACAUGCGCGGUGAACGCGCAUUAUGCCUUUUCCCAUAGGAAAGCGUUGAAUCAAUGCUUUCCUAUGCGGUUUUGCUUGAUGCUGGAUAUUCUCAUGCAAAGCAUGAUGGGAUGGGAAGGGCUAACGCACAUGCGCGGAGAACGCGUAUUAUGCCUUUCCCCAUAGGAAAGCGUUGAAUCAGUGCUUUCCUAUGGGGUUUUGCUUGAUGCUGGAUAUUCUCAUGCACAGCGUUAGGACAUCCAGCGCUGUUUCAGAGUCAAAUGUGAAACUGCAGGAGGCACUUCUAGUGGCUGUUUGGUAAACAGCCACUAGAGGCAGUCUUGGCACUGCACACAGAUCACCUCAAUGAGAUGAAGUGGUCUGGUUUUCUAUAGUGUCCCUUUAAAGGGAUACUAUAGACACCAGAAUUGCUAAGCUUAAUGUAGUGUUUAUGGUUAAAAUCGACUGUCCCUGCAGUAUCAGCGAUGCAAACUGUCUUUUCUAAGUAAAGGCAGUGUUUAGACUGCUUCCUAAUGACCCCUCUAGUGGCUGGGUCUCAGCCAAUAGACACUUCUUGUUGCAGUCUUGCAAUCUUACUGAGGUUUGGUGUUUUCACUAAUCUCUAAUCUGUCUAAUCUAUACAGCUAGGGAAACGAUCUGUUAGAAACAUAUUUGUAUUUCUUACAUUCGAGCGUUCCAGGCCAGCAGUACUUUUUCUGACCUUUCCUCCCAGUUGCUAAAUAAUUCUUACUUCCCGUCUAGUGAAGUUCUGCAAAUAAAAUCACAUGACAUAAUCACAUAAAAAUGGGUUAUAUUGUAACAUGGCAGAAAAAGGGCUCUGUGUUCCUUUUUUUAGCAUGUUGAUAAUUAGAGGUGACAGUCACAUGGAUAGACUGUGCUUAUAACUGUAAGAGGCAUUGCAACAUCAAAUUCACAUAAGUGGUAUCACGAGAAUAGCCUUUUGCUAGUAAUGAAAAUAAAAGAAUGUUGCCAGAUCCCACAUUGCAGCUGGGUUUCCUUUUUCAAGAUCUUAUAACCAUUUAAAAAUAAGAAGCAACAUUCUAUAGUGCUGUGUAGUAGUUAGGAAUUUAUCAAUUCAUUUUAAUGCAUUAGACUGAGGAAACCCAUACAUAGCAUUAAAAACUAGUUCUUUAUUCCUCUUUUCAAUUUGGUUGUCAGACCACAGUUUAAUGAAUAAAUAUUAGAAUUAAAUCUGAUCUGAUACUUCCCAGGAAAUUAUUUAUGUUUCUGCCCUAUAUUUUUUUUAAAAGAGAUGUACUAUAUUGAAAUGCCUAUCAAUGUUACUAGCAAAACAUGCUUCUCCCAAAUGCAAUGACAUAUACAGUAAAUUCAAAAGAUGCUCCUAAUAUAAAGUGCCAUAAACUGUAUCAAUGAAGCAAAAUUUUCUAUGACGAAUCGCUUGCAAGGUACCUCCAAAAGCUAAAGCUACAAUGUACAAGUGCACAUUCCAAGUCUCCACUAGGGGGACCCAAGGUCAUGUUAAAGGGGGUACCCAGAAUACAAAUGAAGUAAUUACAAAAUCUAAUCAACUCUUCAAAAAUAAAUAUUUAAAAAAGAAAGUCCCUACAAAAUUAGCACAAAAAACAGAGAAACUAACUUUAAUAAUAUUGAAUAAGUAUGAGACUUAACUAUUUUGCUUUUUUAGACGGACUAUACAAACACCCUUUAAAAUUGAAGAAAGGACAUAAACAGGGGGUUAUCUUUGAAAAAGUAACUCAUUCUAAUCAGUACAUCAGUAUUGUGAAUAAUUCAGAUUACUGAGAUCCCCGUUUAAUCAAACUAUCCAGCCUGUUGUAUAGCUAUGGGAUACUAAAUAAGUAGCUAUAUCUCCAGAGAUGUUCAAUUAGGAUUAGUAUCCAGGGGAGGAAUAUGUCUAAUAUGCUCCGUUAGUAUUCGUGUAUAAACUCCACGCCCUUGGUAUUCUGUACCUGGACACAAUACAAUGUCGAGGGGAUAAAUUCUACUUACUUAACUGGUUAUGUGACUGACCUAACUGCUAGCAGACCUAACUGCUAUUAAAUGCGAGUGAGUAAUGAUGGGGGUAAUCAUAGAGGGUGGCUCUAUAUCAAAUGCUCCAUCUAAAUAAGAUGAUCAGGGUAAGUCUAACAGAGAUACAUAAUUGUAGAAAUAAUCCAGGCACUACAAUAGAUUCCAAAUUUCAAGGCAAUUUAUUCGAACCAGGGCUGAAAUGUUGCUUUGUAGUUCCUGGUUCGAAUAAAUUGCCUUGAAAUUUGGAAUCUAUUGGAGUGCCUGGAUUAUUUCUACAAUUGUCUAUCAUUGGUCCUAUUUGGGUACUGGGACUUUCCAAGAAGCACCCUGGAAUCCAUAGUGAGGGGUAGAGUGCGCUUCCAACUUUGGCUAUAACAGAGAUACAUAGACAGGAAGUGUCUCAAAAGCAUAAUAAAAUGAAGUGAUGAUGGUGCUUUUACUGUCACAUUUGUUUGCUUAAAAUAAAAAAAGCGCAUCACAUGAGAAAAAGGUUAACAUUGUUAUAGGUGAUCUAUUUAGGUUUUACCCGGCAACCAGUCAAUUACCCAAAUAAUCCCAAAAAUAAGGAAAGAAGUGUGACUAGAAUGUCCUAACUAUAAGAACAAAUUAAUUAUUAAAACUUAACUUUUAUUGUAGUUAAAUAAACAAACAAUUCUAGUAAAUAUUCUAUUAUAUUGGAUAUAUAUUUCCUAUACUAAUGGGUUCAUGCCCUACCCAGCCUUUGGGACGUCGAUAAUGGCACUCGCACCCUUCUUUCUAUACUAGUUAUUAACUAAAUUAGGCUAUUGUACUAAAGAGACUAAUUUCUUUUUAAGUAAGUUCUGUGACAUAUCUGAUGAAAAAUCAGUUCUCAGACAGAUGUAUGAUUUAUCAAGUUAAAUGUAUCAUGUUCUUAAUAAUUAUUUUUUUUUAAUCACAGGGUUGGUGUUCUGGAAGAAUCAUUUACCUGUCUGGGAUUAUUAUGUGCCAUUUUCUUUUUCCCAAUUGGGAUCCUCUUCUGCCUUGUGUUAAGGCAGCGAAGAUGCCCUAACUGCGGAGCAACGUUUGGCUAACACGAUCAACGGAAAUUGUAGCUCACAAGGGCUUUAUAUCAUAUACGUCUGUUUUCUUCUGUAAAUCUUAUUUUGUGCACAAUCUUUCUCUUUGAUUUAAAUAGCAUAUUUGUAUUGGGGUGAUUACCUUGUGUUUUUUUGUUUAUUUGUAUCAUUUUUGUUUUCCUGCUUUUUUUUGCAUGGGGUAGAAAAAAUUCUCCGUGCCAUAGAUUCAUGUGGAGGUACAGAAUGCCCACAUACUGGUGCCUUUUUUUAGACUGUACAACAAAUCCUGUCUGUCCUCUGUGUUUUAUAAAAUGGAGAACAAAUUCAGUUUCAUUUACUUGUUAUUUGUGUGUUUUGUCCAAUAUGUUUCACUUUCUAUUAUGUCUCUUAAAAAUAAAACCAUAAAAUAAGCACUGUGAAUUUAUUAGUUUCAGUGAUCACUCUAAAGAACAAAUAUUCCUUCUGUAUUAAAACCACUGUCCUCAUCUAGGAGGAAAUUAGAUCACUGUGGAUUUUAUAUCUAUAUAUAAAAUUCUGUUUUGUACUGAUAUUUGUAGCAAUGUGUGUGUUUUUUUUUAAAUUUCUUUCCACUAGUUCAAUUUUAGGAUCAAUAUCUGUUUGUUCGUCUCUGUAGUUCUCUGCUUAGUAAAGUUUUUAGGGAUUUUUUUUUUCUGUUAAUCUGUUUUGGUGAAUGGCAAUUCAAUCACGGAACGAAGCAUGUAUGAUGUUAACUUUGUAAAGUUCUUCUGCAGGUAAGCUGAAAUUUGCUAUUAAAACAUCAUUAAAACUCUUUAACAUUUGUAAAAUAUUUUAAAA